CGCACUCAACUAAAGUAGCACCCACCUCCUGUGAUUGGCGCUUUGUAGGCUGGCGGUGGCAUCAGCCUGGCCCCUAACGGCAUGCGGGUGCUGUCACGCCUUGGCCUGACGGAAGCGCUGACAGGCCAGGCGGGCGAGGAGCUACUGGACUUCAACUUGCUGGACUCAGCCGGGGAGACCAUUGUGUCGUUCAAGCAGCGGGCACGUGAGCGAUACGGCCACCCUGCGGCGGGCUUCCGGCGUUACCGGCUGAGGGCGGCGCUGCUUGAGGCGGCGAGGAGGGAGCCGGGCGUCACGCUGCAUUCCGGGCACCGACUGGUGUCUUUGGACUGUGGUGAAUCGGCGGCCUCCACUGCUGCUGCGCGGCCUGCUACGCUGGUGUUCGAGAAUGGCGCUUCCUUCACCGCAGACCUGGUGGUGGGCUGUGACGGCAUACGGUCGCGUGUGCGGGCCGCUGUGCGCGGGGCAGGCGAACCGCCGCCAAGGUACACGGGUACGGAGGAGGUCAUCUGCGUGACACGUGCCCGCAAUGAGGACCUGGUGGCGCGCAGUGGCCUCAACCUCAUCCUGGGCAGCGGGCCGCGCCAGUUCGGCACUUACGGCGUGGGGUCCGAGUGCAUGUGGUUCGCAUCGCGCAGACGGCCCGAGAGCCGGGACUCAUGGGGUGCCAUCAAGACGCCACAGGAGCAGGAGGCGGUGCGACAGGAGCUGCUGGAGGAAUUCAAGGGCUGGACGCUGGUGGAGCAGCUGGUGCAGCGGGACGUGGACAUCAUGAUGCGUGUGGGUAUCUAUGACCGGCCCGCCGUGUCUGACUGGGUGCGGGGCGUCGUGACGCUGGCAGGGGACGCCGCCAGCCCCAUCCCGCCCAACCUCGGCCAGGGUGGCAACAAGGCUCUGGAGGACGCGGGUGUGCUUGUGGGCUGCAUGAAGCGGCUGCGGGGCGACGUGCCGGCAGCUCUGCAGCUCUACCAGCGGCUGCGGGUGCCACGAGCCGCUGCGCUCCUGGGAGACACGCGUGCGGGCGGAGAGGUGUCAGGCCUGGACAGCCCCUUCUUCAUCGCCGUGCGCAACACGCUGCUGCGAGCCUUCGUCGGCAUCACCGGUGGCUUGCCGCUGGGGUGGCUAUGGUCAUAUGACACGGAAAGGGUGGUGCGAGAGGCUAGGCUGUAGCACACGACCCGUUUGAGGGGUAAGCCGCUCCGCGCCUGUUCAAUUCAUCGCCUUGCGCAGCGCGCAAUAAUCGUCGGGGCUCAGGGCUGCUUCGCAGGCAGCCAGAGCUAGAACGCGGCUUCCUGCUGCUUUUAGGGUGGUCUGGCAUUCCUGACACAGGCUGCUUCAGAGCCGCUCAGCCUCUGGAGGGAUCUGCACAGGCCUCUGAAGGGCUCUGAAGGGCUCUGGAGGGUUCUGGAGGGCUUUGGAGGUUGGUAGCGCGCAUGCUUGGCGGGCAAGUACCCAGUUGGCCCACUAUCCAGUUGUGGCAACCCACGCCAUGCCAAAAGCCAGUCGAGUCGGGUAUUACGGAGUUAACGAAGUCCAGACGUUGAAUGUUUUCUGGCCCGGACCACUGGUCUUGCAAGGAGGGGAUCGCACGCGAGAUCGUGCCCACCCUGUUACCCCCGCUUGAUUCGCGUGGUCGUGCCGUUUUUUACGUUUUUACUUUGGCUCUCACUACUACUCGCAUUGCACGUUUGCUUGUAUGUCUGUGCCGCCUGUUUGCCGUUUGAGUCCGCCACGCCUUACUGCCGCUCGCCCAUUUCCUGUGUGUGCUUCCCCCUGCGCGCGCGGCUCUGGCGUGGCUUGCAUUGCUGAGCGAUUAGGUGAGUUC